UCUUUUCUCUAGGAGAGUUAGAGCUUCUGAGGAUGGCGAAUAAACAUUUCUUUAAGCCUCUUCUUCCUGGCUUCCACAGUCACUUGACAAUUCCUGUAGCUUUCUUCUUGAAGUAUAUAAAAGGAACAAAUGAGCAGAAGAAGACUACGGCGAAGCUGAGAUCAGACGCGUCGGACAUAACGUGGGAAGUGAAGAUAGAAGAUGGCCAGAAACUCACUGAUGGUUGGAAAGAGUUCGUUCUUGCACACGAUCUUAGAGUCGGUGACAUUGCCAUCUUCAGACAAGAGAAAGACAUGGCUUUCCACGUGACACUCAUGGGACCCAGUUGCUGUGAGAUUCAAUAUGAGUCUGGUUUAGAUGACGAGAACAACCUCGGGAAGAUUCCAAAGAAGACGAAAGUGAAGAAGAAUCCAAGAAAAGAAACAGAGUCUUCUUCACUAGAUCCCUCUUGCUUUGUGGCUCAUGUCACGCAUGCGAGCCUACGUUAUGACUCACUGAAUCUUCCGAUGAGUUUUGCGAGGGCAAAUGGUCUAAACACAAGAUGUGGAGAGAUUGUUCUAAUGAAUGAUAAGGGUAGAUCAUGGACUUUAGCUUUAAAACAGAAGAAAUGUGGAAGUACUUACAUCAGACGAGGGUGGAGAACUUUCUGUAGUGCCAAUGGAUUUAAGGCUGGAGAGGCAUUCACUUUCAAACUGAUCCAAAGGGGAAAAGUUCCGGUUCUACGUUUGUCCACCACAGAGUCUGAAGAAGAAGAAGAGAGCUCAGGAGCUGAUGAAGUAGAGUCCCUUUCCACAGAACCGGAAAGUGAUGAAGAGAGCAACCUCGCGGAAAUUCAGAGAAGGAAAAAACUGAAGAAGAAUCCGGAAAGAGAAACUGAGUCUUAUCCGCUAGAUCCCUCUUAUUUUGUGGCUAAAGUCUCGCCUUCGACCCUACGUCAAGACAGACUGAAUCUUCCAGUGAGUUUUGCGAGGGCAAAUGGUCUAGAUACAAGAUGGGGAAAGAUUGUACUGAUGAACGGUAAGGGUAAAUCAUGGUCCUUACUUCUAAGAGGAAAGACUUAUGGAACUGUUAUCAGACGAGGGUGGAGAAGUUUCUGUUAUGCCAAUGGGCUGAAAGCUGGAGGUUUCUACACUUUCAAACUUAUCCAAAGAGGAGAAACUCCGGUUCUGAGUUUCUCCCCCGCAGAGUCAGAAGAAGAAGAAGAGAGCUCAGAAGGUGAUGAAGUAGAGUCCCUUUCCACAGACUCAGAAAGCGAUGAGGAGAGCAAACUCGAGAAGAUUCAAAUAAACAAGAAUCCAAAAAGAGAAGAAGGAGAGUCUUCUUCACUAUAUCCCUCUUGUUUUGUUGCUAAUGUCACGCAUGCGAGCCUACGUUAUGACUCACUGUAUCUUCCAAGGAAUUUUUCACGGGAAAAUGGUCUAGACACAAGAUGCGGAGAGAUUGUUCUGAUGAAUGAAAUGGGUAGAUCAUGGACGUUAAAUUUGAAACGAAAGAAUUCAUGUGGGACUGCUUAUAUCAGACGAGGAUGGAGAAGUUUCUGUCGUGCCAAUGGACUUAGAGCUGGUGAUUCCAUCACUUUCAAACUGAUCCAAAGAGGAGGAACUCUGGUUCUACGAUUGUCCCCCACAGAUUCCGAAGAAGAAGAAGAAGAAGAAGAAGAAGAAGAAGAAGAAGAGAGCUCAGAAGGUGAUGAAAUAGAGUCUCUUUCCACAGAACAAGAAAGCGAUGAAGAGGGCAACCAAGAUGAGAAAAGCUUCAAGAAGCCUAGAUUGUUAUGGAAAGCGUCAUCCACACCAUCCCAAAACCGAUUUGUGACAUUAACUCUUAAGCCUUUCAAUCUCACAAAGUAUGUAAUGUUACUUCCGAUACCCUUCACGAGGAUGCAUGGCAUCAAUGAGGAAACUAAAAUGAGUCUGGUGGACAAACAUGGUGUGAGGUGGUCUACGAAUCUGCGGUCUGAGAUAACAGGUGAUAGAAUAAGAAUGGUAGGAGGUUGGCAAGAGUUCUUCAAAGCAAACUGUGUGAAGAUAGGUGAAUCGGUCAUGUUGAAGCUGAUUUGGGAAGGAGACAAAAGUUGUGUCCUUAAGUUCUGCUCUAAGCUGAAGCAAGUGACCAAAUGAAACUGUGUAUGAGUAAUUUCUUUAGCUUUUGUAAGUGCCCAAGACGAAUUGGAAUGCAUCAGUUUCUGGCUUAUUAUGUGUGUAAGAUAUAACAACUCAAAAGGUCCAGCCUAUUGUCUAUUGUAGUAUGUUAUUUGAAGCAUGU